ACAGCUCCCACCUGGGCAUUCCGCGUGCGUCCGUGUGCAUUUAAUUCAGAUACAGACCGCAUUUUAUAGCAACUUGGAACAUGCCAUUCUAACGUACUGGAAGAGAUGAGAAAUGGGGCUGUGAGUUCUAUCUGGGUUCAUGGGCUCAGCAUGAGCAAGGUUUGCAGUGCCUUUCAGAGGGGGCCACAUCCGAAAUGAGAGGCCCAGGACAUCUGCGGGAUGGAGUCUGCGGGCCGGCUCCCAUCUGGGAAGAGCCGGCUGCCGGGCAGUGAUGGAAGUGUCCAGCAGGGGGCUGGCAUUCUCUGUCUAUAAGUAGCCCCGGUUCCCCCGCAGAGCCCCGGCUCAGCGCCGCUGCUGUUUGCUGGUGAAGUCAGUGACGUGCACAGCAUCCUGCCUAGAGGAUUGGAGGGCUUCUCAGUGCGGUUUUUUUUCUACCCACUUUAAACCUUCAGGUUCGAAAUAUCAGGAAGGAUAGGACAUGCCGUAUGAAAAGAGCCGGCCAAAAGUUCCUAGCGAACUGCAGCCAGAGAGACUCAGCCUAGAAUGGAGGUAGAAGGAGUUGAUACAGAGUGGGUUUAAUUCCGGCUUUUUGUUGUCGUUUGGUUGCAACUUACUGAAUUUAGACAUGUAUUCCGUUGGCCAUGUGAGGACCAGAGCAGGACCAGCAUCCAAAUAGCGCCAGACCCUUCCGAAUGCCACAGUGCAUGUGUCUUCAGAGUAUCUGUGUCAAGGAAGAUAAAGAGCCCAGCCUAGAUUUUAGCCUCAUCUUUGCCCAACUACAAAAUCAGAGUUAAGCAACAGCAUCUGAGAGCCCUUUUCAGGUGGGAAAGAACCCAGAGGAUGGCUCUGAAUGAUUGCUUGCUUUUGAACUUGGAAGUGGAGCACUUCUUGUACUGCAACGUCUCCAAUCACAGUGCAGAUGUACCCGUGAACGACGACUGGUUCCACCCAGGGGUCUUCUAUGUCAUCCCGGCCGUCUAUGGGGUCAUCAUCCUGAUAGGCCUCAUAGGCAACGUCACGCUGAUCAAGAUCUUCUGUACAGUGAAGGCCAUGCGGAAUGUGCCCAACCUGUUCAUCUCCAGUCUGGCCUUGGGAGACCUGCUCCUCCUGGUAACGUGCGCUCCCGUGGACGCCAGCCGGUACCUGGCCGACAGAUGGCUGUUCGGCAGGAUUGGCUGCAAACUGAUCCCCUUCAUACAGCUCACCUCGGUGGGGGUGUCUGUCUUCACGCUCACGGCUCUCUCGGCGGACAGGUACAAAGCCAUCGUCCGACCAAUGGAUAUCCAGGCCUCUCACGCUCUGAUGAAGAUCUGCCUCAAAGCCGCAUUGAUCUGGAUUAUCUCCAUGCUUCUGGCCAUCCCCGAGGCUGUGUUUUCUGAUCUACAUCCCUUCCAUGAGGAAAGCACCAACCAGACCUUCAUUAGCUGUGCCCCAUACCCACACUCUAAUGAGCUGCACCCCAAAAUUCACUCCAUGGCUUCCUUCCUGGUCUUCUACAUCAUCCCACUGUCGAUUAUCUCUGUCUACUACUACUUCAUUGCUAGAAAUCUGAUCCAGAGUGCUUACAAUCUGCCUGUGGAAGGGAAUAUACAUGUCAAGAAGCAGAUUGAAUCCCGGAAGCGCCUCGCCAAAACAGUGCUGGUGUUCGUGGGCCUCUUUGCCUUCUGCUGGCUCCCCAACCACAUCAUCUACCUGUACCGCUCCUACCACUACUCUGAGGUGGACACCUCCAUGCUCCACUUCAUCACCAGCAUCUGCGCCCGCCUCCUGGCCUUCACCAACUCCUGUGUGAACCCUUUUGCCCUCUACAUGCUGAGCAAGAGUUUCAGGAAACAAUUCAACACCCAGCUCCUCUGCUGUCGGCCUGGCCUGAUGACCCGCUCUCACAGCACUGGCAGAAGUACCACGUGCAUGACCUCCUUCAAGAGCACCAACCCCUCUGUGGCCACCUUCAGCCUCAUCAACGGAAACAUCUGUCAUGAAGGGUACGUCUAGGCUGAUCCUUGACCCUGACACCUGGGGGCCCCGCUUUUGCUUUAUGGCUAGUAACAACAUCUGUUGUUGUCUCUAUACCCUCCAAAGACCCUUCGAAAGGCUAUGAAUUUGUAGGCAAGUUGCAGAGAAGCCCAAAUGGAUUGCUGUGGUGUUUGAAAGGCCCAUCAAGGCUUAUAUUUUCCAUUUCAACUUCUGAAUGUUCUUCUGAUGUUGAGCCAACUGUCCCUUUUUAGAAAAGGGAAUAAGAAAUUACCUUUUUUUUUUUUUUAAGAUUUUAUUUAUUUA